AUGUCAUCUGCACCUCCUCUCUCAAAGCGCAACGAACCACCCACCACCCCAAGGUCAGAGCCUCCACCCAAAAAGCCAAAGACUUCAGCCUCCACACCCUCUUCCAGUGCAACGCUUGUGCUGAUUUGUUUCUUUCUGUGCCUAUCAAGAAAGAGAAGAGAGUCUUGGACAACAUCUCAUGGGAAGGAGCUAUUGAAGUUGUCUUAUCAAAGUCUCCUCAAAGCUACUAAUGGAUUCUCUUCAGACAAUUUAAUUGGUAUUGGUAGCUUUGGGUCAGUAUACAAAGGAAUUCUUGAUCAAGAAGGAAUUGUGAUUGCGGUGAAGGUGUUUAAGCUUAUGAAUCGAGAAGCUUCAAAGAGUUUUAUAGCUGAGGUCUUACGAAAUGUUAGACAUCGAAAUCUUGUCAAAGUGCUCACAGCCUGUUCAGGUGUUGAUUAUCAUGGCAAUGAUUUCAAAGCUUUGGUUUAUGAGUUCAUGGUCAAUGGAAGCUUAGAUGGUUGGUUGCAUCCAACUCUUGGAUUAGAUGAAGUACCAAGGACUUUAAGUGUUCUCCAAAAGCUGAAUGUUGCCAUUGAUAUUGCUUGUGCAUUGGAAUAUCUUCAACAUCAUUGUGGAACACCAAUCGUUCAUUGUGAUAUAAAACCAAGUAAUAUCCUUCUCGAUGAAGAAAUGACUGCACAUGUAAGUGAUUUUGGACUAGUGAAGUUUCUUUCCAAUGUCACCCUUAGUUAUACAAAUCAAUCCAGCUCCAUCGGAGUAAGAGGAACUAUUGGUUAUUGUCCUCCAGAGUAUGGUAUAGGAAGUCAAACAUCAACAUCAGGUGACAUUUUUAGUUAUGGCAUACUCUUGUUGGAGAUGUUCACGGGAAAAAGGCCUACUGAUCACAUGUUCAAGGAAGGCACGAGUCUUCGCAAUUUUGUUAAGAGAGCUUUACCUGAACAAGUAACACAAAUUCUGGAUCCCAAUAACAACCUUCCUCCAAUGCAAAUGCAACAUGGGUUCAAAGCCACAGUCUUGUGA